AUGCCGUGUUCAAACCCUGCGAAGUUUGCCAUCUCGAUCACAUUGCUGACGCCUGGCCUCCCGAUCCCCUACUCGGCACCCAAGUCCACAGACGAUAAUCCGUAUCCCAAGCCCCAGUACGUCGGAGGUCACUCCAACGUGCCUUCGGAGCGGAACAAGGGCUCGUGGAACGUGAACCCGUACAUUCCCAUGACGAACUCGGAAAACGAGACUAUUGCUGCUUACAUCUAUUUCGAUGGCAGGUCAAAGGAAGAGGUGGCCACACUUCUCCGACCUGGCGAAGAGACAUGGGUGAACAGUCGAUGGGUUCAAGUCCCUGAUGUCGAAGGCGGCGGGCUGGCAGAGCGAGAGUUCUUGUUUCGUGAGGUUGGAUUGGAACGCUGGUUGAAUGGCCUAGAUUUAAAGGGCCACGAUGCUGCAGAGAAGCUUGAACGACGUCGACAAAGGUUUGAAAGGCGCCGUCGACGACAAGGAGCUACCAUUGAACCCAUAGCAGCGAAAUCAGGAGAUGGCGGCAGAGGGUCCCGAGACGCCUUCAGGUACGGCGCCGAUGCAGGGUCUCCCGUCGAGGCUGUUCUGGACGACAUGAGCUCCGAUUCUCUUUCCGAUGACGACGAACCCCCCGAGGCAACUGGGCAGAUCAAGGUCCUCAUGUUCCGAGUGCUUGCCUCUGGUGAGAUCAAAAAGGGGGAAUACUCUCCGCAAUUCGAUGCCCAUGAUGAUGAUGACGAGGCGGAAUCGGCAACCAAAGACAAGAGCAACGGCGGCGGAGGGAUGGAUGCCGACGUCGAGCACACGACGAGCUUCGCCAAGCCUAAGACUCUCGAUCCUAAGACGAUCAAAACGACCUCCGGCUUAAAGGUUACGCCUGAGGAUGGCCAAUAUUCGGGUGAACUUGCUGACGGCGUGAACCGUAUACGUCUCAAGCGAGCCCUGUCUGCGGAUCCGGGCUCUGUGGCCACUGAUAACGACACCACAAACGCGGGUGGUGACUCCGCCAUGCAAGCUUCAAUUGCUCCGCAGGCGGCCAGUCUGACGUCGGAAUCAGCAGCGGUUCUUGAGCCGACGCUACCGAACUCUGUCUUCGGCAGCCCUAUGAAGAAGCAGCGUCCGAGUAUUCGGGGUCCAGGUGAUCAGGUUCCGCCUCUCGGCCUGGCUGCGUCCCUGUUGGAUGACAGUGUUGCACAGUCUACCAUGCCAUCUCAGCCGAACAACAAGAGAGAGGAGGUAGAGGAAGACUUGUGA